AUGUUAUACGAACUAAAACAUAAAUGUCCAGUGCCUGGUUUUGAUAGUCCAUAUGAAGCAAGUAAUCCAUUCAACGCCAGCAUUGAAUUGGAUAAUAAAAAAUUUAUUUAUGUAAAUAUUGGAAUUCUACAAGCGAAUGAAUGUUUGGAAAAAUUUGCGGGAUGUGUGAUGGAUCUGGUAAAUUUUCUUGAAAAAUGA